UUUUAUUUUUUUGGAGAAGACAACGGAAGGCGCAGAAACAACACUCUCAAAUCUCAUUCUCUUCGUCUUUCUACAGAGCGCUUUGUUUGAUCUUUCUGUAAUAAUGGCUCAACAAACCGAUACGGUGUCAUCUAGCUCUAAUCAAUCUUCUUCUUCUACUACUACUCAAAGUUCUCCUCUCGACCCCCUCAACAAGCAACCCCAGGUGCCUCCAUUCUCUGGCUUCCCAGCAUAUGGUGAUUUUCAGAUGUAUCCUAUAGUUUACCCUGCGCUAGUUCCAGGGUUAACUCAUUUGCAAAAUCAGGAACAGAUGAAUCGUGGGGCGGGCAUUUAUGCAGUGCCAGUUCCACCAUUUAUGGGGCCAAUUGCUGGACUUCCAUCAAGUACUCUUAUUCCUCUUACUUAUAAUAUACCCACCAGGUCAGGUCCUGAUACUGGGGCAGCCAAUGAUCAGGGGCAAGGGGGACAGCAGCCACAACAGCAGCAGGCUGCACCCCAAAGACAAGUUGUUGUGAGGAGAUUUCAAAUUGCAUUUCAGCUUGAUUUGUUAUUAAUACUUAAGCUGGCAGCUGUAAUCUUUUUGUUCAACCAAGAUGGAUCAAGAACAAGACUUGUUGUGCUUGUGUUCUUUGCUUCACUUGUCUAUUUGUAUCAAACUGGAGCUCUCACACCAUUAGUACAAUGGCUCUCACAAAGCAUGAGAAGAGCAGCCCAACCUCCCCGUCCUCCCAGGCCAGUUGCAAGGGCUGAAAAUGCUGCUGUUGCUGCAAGGCAGAAUGAGAAUGUUGGUUUAGCAGAGGGUCAAGCUGGGGCUGAUAAUGAAAAUCGACCAGCAGAGGAUGGUAACCAGGCUGUAGAGAAUGAGAAUGUAGCAGAACCUGGUGGCGGAGAUGGUGGCAACCACUGGUGGGGAAUUGUCAAGGAGAUUCAAAUGAUUGUCUUUGGGUUCAUCACUUCUCUUCUUCCAGGCUUUCACAACGCAGAUUAGAUCAUAAUUUAGUAUGCAAACCAACCUUUGGAACAGUGGUAUAGAAGCUGGAAAAGCUUGUUUCCUAUCUUUUUUGAUUUCCGAAAUGAUGUAGAGUGCCCCUCCUCCCCCAGCUUAUUUGUAGUUAGACUCGCAUGUUAUGUUGCUUUUAUUUUAGACCAUGUUUGGAUCGUUUAGAAAAUAGAGUAGAAAUGAAAGAUCCAAGUAUGCUUAUACUGUUUUGUUUCCAGAA